AUGUUGUCCCGAUUUGCUGCUAUCAGACCCGCCAUGCGUGUGGUCGCCUCUGGCGUUGCUAGUCGUCCUCUUACAUUGCUUGCUGCGCAGAGCAAUCCUCUGACGGCUCUUCGUGCCCGUAUGACACCCGGCUCUCCUACCGCUGCUCUUGUAUCACCACUUGCUCAACCAAACCCUCUUCUGUUGCCUGCUCUUCCUGAUCUUUUAGAUCAGCGCCGUUGGAAGGCUCGUGGUAAUACUUACCAGCCGUCGACCCUUAAGCGCAAACGUAUUAACGGUUUCCUUGCUCGCCUCAAGACUCGUGGUGGUCGCAAAGUUCUUGCCCGCAGAAAGACCAAGGGCCGCUGGUUCCUUUCUCACUAA